GCCGGUGUCAGUCCCCGAGUGAGCGCCGGUGGCGGGGCGGGGAGCCGGGCAGGCAGCCUCAGGUGGGGCUGCUGGCCGCGACGGACCCAGCCCGGGAGACCCCCAGGAUGCCCCGCGGAGACUCGGAGCAGGUGCGCUACUGCGCGCGCCUCUCCUAUCUCUGGCUCAAGUUCUCGCUCGUCAUCUACUCCACGGUGUUCUGGCUGAUCGGGGGCCUGGUCCUGUCAGUGGGGAUCUAUGCAGAGGUCGAGAGGCAGAAAUACAAAACCCUGGAAAGUGCCUUUCUGGCCCCGGCCAUCAUCCUCAUCCUCCUGGGGGUUGUCAUGUUCAUCGUGUCCUUCAUCGGCGUGCUGGCUUCCCUUCGCGACAACCUGUGCCUUCUCCAAGCGUUUAUGUACAUCCUUGGGAUUUGCCUCAUAAUCGAGCUCAUUGGUGGCGUGGUGGCCUUGAUCUUCCGGAACCAGACCAUCGACUUUCUGAAUGACAACAUUCGAAGAGGAAUCGAGAACUACUAUGACGAUCUGGACUUCAAAAACAUCAUGGACUUUGUUCAGAAGGAGUUUAAGUGCUGUGGCGGAGAAGACUACCGAGAUUGGAGCAAAAACCAGUACCACGACUGCAAUGCCCCCGGACCCCUGGCCUGCGGGGUGCCGUACACCUGCUGCUUCAGAAACACGACAGAAGUUGUCAACACCAUGUGCGGCUACAGAACUAUUGACAAGGAGCGCCUCAGCGUGCAGAAUGUCAUCUACGUGCGGGGCUGCACCAACGCCGUGCUCAUCUGGUUCAUGGACAACUACACCAUCAUGGCGGGCCUCCUGCUAGGCAUCCUGCUCCCCCAGUUCCUGGGGGUGCUGCUGACAUUCCUGUACAUCACCCGGGUGGAGGACAUCAUCACAGAGCACUCUGUCACCGAUGGGCUCCUGGGACCCAGCACCAAACCCAGCGUGGAGGCAGCAGGCACGGGGUGCUGCAUGUGCUACCCCAAUUAGGGCCGUGGCCUGGGGCGGCAGCUCCAGAAGGACCGUGACAGGACAUCUCUGCGCAGGCCACGUCGUGGGGGCCAGAUAGGACUGUGGCCCCUCUCUCCACAUUCGGCACUGACCAAAGCCAUGGCUGUGUUUGCUCAGGGCUCCCAGGCCACCGCCUGUCUGGGGGGCGGAGCCCCUCCCCAGCUGUGGAAUUCUGUGCGUGCCCACCCUGCUGGGCGUGGGGAACAGGGCACCCCUCCUCCAGGCUCCGGCUGCUGGGGAAGGGGGAGCUUGGCACUGGGCUCCGGACCCAUUUCAUUUCUGGUAGUGCCUUGGCCUUGGUGUUUGUGCCCCUUUGAGGGCAGUUUUAUAGUGAUUUGUAAUCAGGGAGGGAGGAGAGCAUGUGUGCCCUGAGGUGAAGGAGCAGAGGGGUGGGGUGCAGACCCCAGGUCCCAGUCCUUCGGCCUCACCUUGAGGCCACGUUGGGUCCGUUUCUCAGCCUCCUGGGUACCUCGAGACCACCCCAGGGCUGCUGCUUUGUUGACCCUGUUUUGUACCUGAUUUUAUAACAUUCAUUUUGUACACAGUUAACAGGAGUUUCCGACUAAUCAAAGCUAGCUGUUCCCCCCAUUCCUCUUCCCCCUCCAAGCCAGUUUAUUAAUCAGACAAUAAAGACAUGAUUUUUUUUUUUUUCUGGUU